GAGAAAAAGUAUUAUUGAAAAGGGAAGUAUAUAUGGUAAUAAUUUAUCGAGGCCAGUAUCUGAGGUGCCUAUAAGUGAAGAAGCGCCAGAGUCUUCCAGCCCACCAUGUUUUUCACCAUGCGAAGCGCCUAUCGGCCCACCUUUUACAUAUGAAUCUGACCGAUUAGAGUAUUCUGGGGCCAAUAGAUUAAUCACAGACUGA